CGGAGGUCUCUUGCUUGGAGCCCGGAGGAUGGUGCUGCCCAAAGAAGACCACGCCGCCAGGCUUUACCGGGCGCCGCAGGAGCUGGCGCGGGAGGCGCAUGUGCCUUCCUUGGAAAAAUACCACGAGCUUUACCGCCGCUCGGUGGAGGAGCCCCAGGAAUUUUGGGGUGAUAUAGCCAAAGAAUUUUACUGGAGGAACCAACACACUGGACCAUUCCUGCAGUACAAUUUUGAUGUUACCAAAGGGAAAAUCUUUAUUGAAUGGAUGAAAGGAGCUACAACCAACAUUUGCUACAAUGUUUUGGACAGAAAUGUUUAUGAGAAUAAACUUGGAGACAAGAUAGCAUUUUAUUGGGAAGGAAAUGAACCAGGAGAUGCCAUGAAAAUUACAUACAGUGAAUUGCUGAGCAAAGUCUGCCAGUUUGCCAAUGUUCUUCGGGAGCAAGGCGUGAAGAAAGGAGACAGAGUUUCCAUCUACAUGCCAAUGAUAAUUGAGUUGGUGGUCGCUAUGCUAGCUUGUGCCAGAAUUGGAGCACUUCAUUCCAUUGUGUUUGCAGGUUUUUCAGCAGAAUCUCUUAGUGAGAGGAUUCUAGAUUCCAACUGCUCGCUUCUCAUAACUGCAGAUGCCUUUUAUAGAGGUGAUAAGCUGAUUAACCUGAAGCAGAUAGCUGAUGAAGCCUUGCAGAAGUGUAAAGCUAAGAGUAACUCUCUGGAAAGAUGCAUUGUGGUUAAGCAUCUAGGAAGAGAUGAACUAGUUCAAGAUGGGUCAAACAGCAAGUCUCCACCUUUGAAAAGAAUCUGUCAGAGUGUGCAAGAAAAAAAGACUGAGAGCUCAAAGAAAGUCCAGCCAAAGACUCCUUGGGAUCCAGAAAUUGAUCUUUGGUGGCAUGACAUCAUGAAAAAUGCUAGCAAGGAGUGUGAGCCUGUCUGGUGUGAUGCAGAAGAUGAAUUGUUUAUUCUCUACACCAGUGGAUCAACAGGGAAACCGAAGGGUGUUGUACACACAAUAGCUGGAUAUAUGCUUUUCACGGCUGCUACAUUUAAAUAUGUGUUUGAUCAUCAUCCUGAGGAUAUUUACUGGUGCACAGCUGAUAUUGGAUGGAUAACUGGCCAUUCCUAUCUCACAUAUGGACCCUUGGCAAAUGGGGCAACCAGUGUCUUAUUUGAAGGGCUCCCUAUUUACCCAGAUGUUAGCCGUAUGUGGAAUAUCAUAGACAAAUACAAGGUGACCAAGUUCUACACAGCACCCACUGCCAUUCGUCUCCUCAUGAAAUAUGGAGAUGAACCUGUCAAGAAAUACAGCAGGAAAUCCCUGAAAGUGCUAGGAACAGUCGGAGAACCCAUAAACCCAGAAGCUUGGUUGUGGUUUUAUAGAGUAGUUGGUGAAGAACAAUGCCCUAUAGUGGAUACCUUUUGGCAAACGGAAACUGGUGGUCAUGUGUUGACUCCUCUCCCUUAUGCCACACCAAUGAAGCCAGGCUCAGCUACUUUUCCUUUCUUUGGAGUGGUCCCUGCAGUGUUGGAUGAAUCUGGGGAAGAGUUAGAAGGAGAAGCUGAAGGAUAUCUGGUUUUUAAGCAACCCUGGCCUGGAAUAAUGCGCACAGUGUAUAAAAACCACCAGAGGUUUGAGACAACCUACUUCCAAAAGUUUCCUGGUUAUUAUGUGACUGGAGAUGGCUGCAGAAGAGAUAAAGAUGGUUACUACUGGAUCACAGGUCGAAUUGAUGACAUGCUGAAUGUUUCUGGGCAUUUACUGAGCACAGCGGAGGUUGAAUCAGCACUUGUAGAACAUGCUUCUAUCUCAGAGGCAGCCGUAGUAAGCCACCCACACCCUGUAAAGGGAGAAUGCCUCUACUGUUUUGUGACUCUGAAGGAUGGACAUGAUUUCACAAACAAACUGAUUGAUGAACUGAAGAAACAAGUCAGAGAAAAGAUUGGUCCUAUUGCAACUCCAGAUUAUAUCCAGAAUGCUCCUAGCCUGCCCAAAACCCGCUCAGGUAAAAUUAUGCGGCGGGUAUUAAGGAAGAUUGCAAAAAAUGACCGGGAACUGGGCGAUACCUCAACAGUGGCAGAUCCAGUAGUUAUAAACCAUCUUUUCAGUAACAGGUGUGAGACAAUAAUGUAGCAUGGCUAUCCUACAAAAACAGCAGAAAUGUAAGAAUUUGAUGAGAAUAUGGCCCCUGAGAGACAAUGACCUGAAAUGGGAAAUUGCUGUGUGCUGAUCUCAAUAUAAGAUCCUAAAAAGAAGACAAACUGGUGCUCCAACAUCCAGUCCUUUCAUGUUGUAAAUCUAGCUUUGUGCCUCUAGCAUUAUGUGUGUUAUUUUAUAGUCCAAUACUCCACAUAUGAAAUUUCAGCCUCAUUCAUACAAUAUUUCAAUUAUUUUUAUUUUUACAUUUAAUAUGCUAUAAUUGGUGGAGCUUAGAACAUGCAGAUUCUGGUAAGAAGAGGCUUUCCUCCUGAGUUGUAGUUAUGAGCCUUCAAAAGGCUUGAGGACUAAUAGAUUAAGCAGUAAUCCUCAUGUUGAGGUAGUAAUAUUGAAAUGCAUAUUUUUAAGAAUUAACCAUUUGUUUUAACAAAAAUUAUCCUGAGUAUCCCAGCUGCAUAGCAUAGAAAAUGAGACAUUUUAAAGAAAACUGCAAAUAUGAAGCUGUGUAAAAUUAUUUUUCCAGGGUUAUCUCUGUUGAAAUAUAAACUGGAAAGGAUUAUUAUACUUUUUUGUCCCCCAAAGGAAUAACACUAUUUACAGAUUCUAAUUUUCAAUAAUGCUUGUGUGCUUGAAUGCACACAUUUGAAUGUUUGCAGUAUAUUGUUCCAUGAUGAAUGCAACUUCAGUUGUUCUAGACAUUAAAGCUGUGCUGUAUGCCUAGAUAUUAUAUAGAGGGAGGCUUUUUUUCUAGAAAUAUUUGGUGCAAUGUCAACGCCAGUUGAAUCUGGGUAGAGAAAUAUAUCUAUUAUUUUCAUUAAUGGAUGAGAAGCAGAUGCUAUAAAUAUUAAAGGAAGUAAUUGUGUGAUCAGCUUGUGUCCCACAGUCAAGUAAAGGAAAUGAAUAUAUAUAGUCAGAGAUUCUGGACUGUUGGAAUGCAUUUGGUUACACUGAGGAAGUAUCUUCCAGAUAUACCUAAAUUUAGUCAAAUUGAUCCUGCUUUCUCCAUGUGAUCAUUGUGUAGAUCAUGUGUAUGACCAAAGUCAAGCUGUUGCUCUUAUGAAAGAAAAAAAAUGGCUACCAACCAGCAGACACAUUUUCUUCAGUCAGAUGACUAAUCAUAGUUAAUUAAUCUUGUUUCUUCUUGAAAUUAGGGAGGUUCAAAUUUAGUUUUAGAUCUGAUAUGGAUACUUAGGUGAGGAAAACAUGAAGCCUUCAAUCCUUGCAGAUUAAUAAAUGCAUAUGAUGGGAAAGGCUUGUUUCAAAUUUGCCAAGGUAUUAUAUAGCACUUACUGUUAUUCACCUUGCAAUGUCUUUGUAUUAGAAAUUGCCAUUUACUAUCUGAAACAUUUUUUUUUGCCUGUGAUAACUAUGUUGUUGCAUCCCUGAAGAUAUCUGCAUUAUCCACAGAGCAGCUUAUAACUGUAUGCCCCUCAUAUUGUGUAUUUCAUUACAGUGGUCAUUGCUUUAUCUUUGCUCAUGGGUAUAUUUCUCAUUUUUUAAUCUGUUGAUGGUAGUCUAAAUGUACUUGUGUGUGAUCUGCAACAUUGAUAUGCAUAUAACUAUGUUCUACAACACUGAUAAUAAGCCAGUGGCUUACUCAAAUGCUGUUAAUACAAAUUCUUAUUUUUGAACACAGAAUGAUAUAAAUAUGGCUGGGAAAUGGGAAAAAUGUUUUAAUUGGAAUAAAUUAAGAAGAUAAUACCUAUAA